AUGUGGUUAGAAGAAGAAGGUUUAUGGGAAGUCCCGUGCCGCUGGCCAUCACGAACUUCUCUGCCAACUCUCCGAAGUCCAAGUCGAUCCUCGAUAUCAACUGCUUUCACUGCGAUUCCAGAUGGAUGGUUCCACCAACAACGGCUUCCGGUCACCAGCGAUACUGUACGUGUUCAUAUCGAUAGUGCCCGCGGUGAGGCACCACCAUCAUACGAUAGUCACGCGUUCAGUUCCACCUGUUUUAUGCGACUACAGGAUGGUCCAUUAUCCGAAUGGAGUCCUGUCUCACCUCUUUCGCCAAAUGUGUCGGCUAGUUGA